AUGGCGGAUCCUUCACCAUCCAAAUCUGUUAUAAGUAGUAGUGAUGUUGCCUUUCCUAGAGGAGGUGCUACUGCUUUAUCGGCUUUAGAAAUUAAGGACAUCUCCAAUGAAGCAACAAAAGACGUUCUUUUCGAAGCUUCUAGUGCAUCCAAGAGAUCGAGCUCAUCCAAAUCAGAGCAACCAUCUAAGAAGUCUAAGAAGGGAUCUAAGAAGAAGACAACCAAGACAUCCAACGAAGACGAAGAAGAAAAAUCGAAUGUACAAAUUGAAAAUUUUAGUUUUAAGAAUUUGAUCCCAGGCACCCAAGUGUUGGGUCAAAUUACUAAUAUUGGCAAAUUAGAUUUGACAUUAAGCUUAGGUGAUAAUUUGGUUGGUUACAUUCCAAUCACGUCCAUAAGUGAAGAGAUCACCGAGCAAAUCGAAAAGUUUGAAGAAGUAGACGACGAUAGCGAAGACGAUGAAGAAUUGCAAUACGAUGAUGAAGAAAAGGACCAAGAAAUACAGACCGCAACAUUAAAGACCAAAAGCGCUGAAUUCCCUGUCUUAAAGGACAUUUUCAAAAUCGGACAAUGGUUAAGAGCUAACGUUGUCAAGUCUUCAAAUGAUAGUAAAAAGAAAAGAAUCCAAUUAUCCAUUGAGCCGCAGGUUGUUAAUUCCACUUUAGAGGAUGAAGACCUUACUCCUGGAAACUUGUUACAAUGUUCUAUAAAAUCUAUUGAGGAUCAUGGUGUUAUUUUGAAUGUUGGUAGAUCAAACUUUUCGGGUUUCAUAUCUAAUAAAGAGUUAAAGAAUAGUAAAGAUAUCGAAGCUGAAGACUUGAAGGUUGGUGAUGUUCUAUUGACAAGUAUAGUAUCAAGGCCAUCAUCAAGAACAAUUACUUUGAGACCAGUGCAAUCCAACUCCACAUCCAAGAAAGUCUCAGUAUCAGCAAUUUCGUCGGUAGAUGCUAUUGAACCGGGUAUCUUAGUAGAUGCAUUAGUGUCUGAUAUUACGAAAAAUGGUAUUAUCACAAAGGUAUUUGGUUUAGUCGAUGGUACUAUCAACUUGCCAAAUUUGAACGAUUUCGAUUUACAAACUUUAAAGCAUAAGUAUACAAUUGGUAAUAAUAUAAAGGCUAGGGUUACCGGUAUUUUAUUAAAGAGUGGCACUAAAAGAUUAAUGUUGUCUCAAUUACCUCAUAUAAUAUCUUUUUCAUCCAGUCCAUCGGAUGAAUCUAAUGCUUUGGAUGCUUUUCCUAUAGGUCACAUAUUUGAAGACGUCGAAGUGAAAGGAAGCGAUCCUAACUAUGUUUUUGUUAGUUUUGGAUCUUCUUCUUUACAUGGUCAAGUCCACAAUUCUAAAAUUGAUCCUCUGAAAAAUUUGGAAAUUGAUUAUUCUGUUGGCUCAAAGCAUAGAGCCAGAGUAAUUGGUUAUAAUUCGAUGGAAAACUUAUUGGUCUUAACUAUGGAACCAAAAUUAAUUGAUUCCAAGUUUUUGACUACUGAUGACAUACCAGUUGGUGAAUUUGUUAACGGCGGUGAAAUUGUCAAGGUUUUGCCAGAUUCAGCUGGAAUUAUCGUUAAAGUUUUCAAUGGUUUUGAGGCUUUGGUCCCAGGAAAUCAUAUGUCCGACGUCAGGUUAGUCUAUCCUGAAAGAAAAUUCAAGGCUGGCGGUAAAAUUAAGGGUAGAGUCUUAAGAAAGCAAGGUAAAAAAUUGUUUAUUACUUUGAAAAAGUCAUUAGUAAAUGUCGAAGACAAUGAAAUUUUGACUAGCUUUGAUAAGGCCGCUAUUGGAUUUAAAUCACCUGCAACUGUCGAGAAAUUUGUCCAUAAUGGUGCUAUCGUAUCAUUCUUCGGUAAUUUAAGAGCUUACUUACCUAAGAAUGAAAUUUCCGAAACAUUUGUGAAUCAAGCAAGCGAUCAUUUGAAAAUUGGACAAACUGUAAAUGUCAAGAUAUUAAAUGUUAGCGAAGAUGAUCAAAGAUUAAUGGUUACAUUAAGACAAUCGAUUGACUUGAGUGAUUCUCAAAAAGCCUCCAUAACUGACUUGUAUCCAGGUAGAUCUAUCGCCAACGCAAUUGUCGUUGAGAAGGCUAAAGAAUCUGUAAUCGUUGAAUUGGAAAAUAGCAAUUUGCGUGGUGUUAUCUUUACUGGUCAUUUAUCUGAUGGUAAUUAUGAACAGAAUAGAUCUAUUUUCAAGAAAUUACCAAUUGGGGACAAAAUUGAAGUUUUAGUUUUGGAAAAAGACUUGAAAUCGAGGUCUGUUACUGUUUCCGCUAAGGCUUCUUUGAUUGAAGCAGCAAAGCAUGACGAAGUUCCAGCAUACUUUAAAGAUAUAAAGGUAGAUAAUAAGAUGUUACAUGGUUACAUUAAAUCUGUAACUAAUAUGGGUUUGUUUAUCUCAUUUGCUGGUAAAUUAACUGGUUUAGUGUUGGCUAAGUAUGCAACUGAUAAACCUGAUGAAGAUUUGUCCAAAAAAUUUUACAAGUAUCAAUCUGUCUCUUGCCGUGUAAUUAGAAUUGAUGAAGAAAACAAAAGAUUUUUAUUGUCAUUGAAAAAGAGUGAAAAUUCUAAAGAUUCAUCCAACACAGAGGAAGUUAUCAAUCCAAUUGAUGCCACUAAGUCCACCGUUGGUGAUUAUACUCCUGGUGUUAUUACGAGUGCAGUCAUUAAAUCCAUCAAAGGUACUCAAUUGAACGUUCAAUUGGCAGAUAAUUUGCAGGGAAGAGUUGACAUCACGCAAUGUUUCAACUCAUGGUCUGAAAUUAAAGAUAAAAAACAGCCAUUAUCGCAGUUCCACAAGAAUGAUAAAAUUAAGGUUAAAGUUAUUGGAUUCCAUGAUGCAAAAAGUCAUAGAUUUUUACCAAUCACUCAUCGUAAAACUAAUAAGCAUAUCAUUUUAGAAUUGUCCAUGCUUGAAAAAGAAUUGAAAACCCCAGAUCAGCCAUAUCAUAUGUUAAACUUAUCUAACACUUCAGAAGGUUCAAAAUGGGUUGCUUACAUCAACAACGUUGCAAAAGGAUUUGUAUGGGUUUCCAUUACACCAACUAUUAAAGGACGUAUUUCAUUUAUGGAAUUAAGCAAUGAUGUUUCUGUCUUUGAUGACGUAGAAAACAAGUUACCUAUUGGUAUGGCUAUUGAAGCCGCUGUCAAGGAUAUUGAUAAUGAUCAUAAUACAGUUGUUUUGACUGCAAGAACCAGUACUGUUGGCUCCAUUAAAGACGUAAAGGUCGGUGAUAAGUUGCCUGCAAGAGUUCUCAAGAUUAGAGACACGUUUGUAUUGGUUGAAUUAGGUAAAAAUCUCGUUGCAUCCUCCUUUAUCACUGAUGCGUUGAACGAUUAUACUGAAAAAUUGGACAAUGUUUUCCACACAAAUGAUUUCUGUACGGCUACUGUUUUAGCUGUUGAUGAAGACUCAAAAAAGAUUGCUGUCUCCUUGCGUAAUGAUGAUGCUAAAGACAAGGUUAUUAAUACGGUAGAAGAUUUAAACCGUGGAGAUAUUGUAAGAGGAUUUGUUAAAAAUGUUGCAAAUAAUGGUGUUUAUAUUGCAUUAGGUAGAUCUGUGCAUGCUUUGGUUAGAAUCACAGACUUGUCUGAUUCGUACUUGAAGGACUGGAAGAAAUAUUUUAAACCUCAUCAACCAAUUAUUGGUAAGAUUUCAUCCUGUAAAGAGGAAGGUCGUAUUCUCAUGACCUUGAAGGAAAGUGAAGUUAAUGGUGAAUUGAAUGUCUUAAAGAAAUUCGAAGACUUAGAAGUAGGCGAAAUAUUCGAAGGUUCAGUUAGAAGAGUAACUGAUUUUGGUGUUUUCAUUAAAUUGGAUGGAACUGUCAAUAUAAGUGGUUUAUGUCAUCAUUCCCAAAUUGCCGAUAAUGAUGUUGAAAAUGUUUCAUCAUUAUUUGGAGAAGGUGAUCGUGUCAAGGUUAAGAUUUUAGCAAUUGACCAAGAAAAGAAGCAAUUGUCAUUAGGUAUGAAAGCAUCUUACUUCACUAAUACUGAAGCUUCCUCUGAACAAGAAGAUGUUGAGAUGUCCGAUGCGGUUGAUGAAGACGAAUCAGGUUCUGAAUCUGAUGAUGAACAUGAAAAUGAUGAAUCUGACGAUGAAAUAAUGGAAGAUGUCUUAGAAAAUGAAAAAGACGCUAGUGAGGACGAUAGCGACAGUGAAGGAGAUGAAGAAAAUGAAGAUGCCAAAGCUUCUGGUUUAUCUGGGUUAUCAACUAAUGGUUUUGAUUGGACCGCAUCUAUAUUAGAUCAAGCUGAAGAUAAUUAUUCAUCAUCAGACGAAGAAGAUUUCACGCAUGAAAAGAAGAAGAAGAGAAAAACACUGAAGAUCAUUGAGGAUAAGACUGCCGAUUUAAAUACUAGAGCACCACAAUCUGUGUCUGAUUUUGAAAGAUUAUUGGUUGGUAAUCCUAAUUCCUCUAUCAUGUGGAUGAACUACAUGUCAUUCCAAUUACAAUUGAGUGAGGUUGAUAAAGCGCGUGAAAUUGGUGAAAGAGCAUUGAAGACAAUUAAUUACCGUGAAGAACAAGAAAAGAUGAACAUUUGGAUAGCAUUAUUGAAUUUGGAGAAUACUUUCGGAACUGAUGAUACAUUAGAAGAGACAUUCAAGCGUUCAUGUCAAUACAUGGACUCAUUAACUAUGCAUCAAAAAUUAGUGAGUAUCUACACCAUGUCCGAAAAAUUCAGGAAGGCUGAUGAAUUAUACAAGGUCAUGUGUAAAAAAUUCGGUAAAAAUGUUUCUAUUUGGGUUCAAUAUGGUUCAUCCUUGUUGGAUCGUCAAUUAAAUGAUGAAGCACAUGAGGUUUUAGCUCGUGCUUUACAAGUUUUGCCUAAGAGAGAACAUAUUGAAGUAGUUAGAAAAUUCGGACAAUUAGAAUUUACAAAGGGUGAUCCUGAACAAGGUAGAUCAUUAUUUGAGGGUUUAAUUUCAGAUGUUCCAAAGAGAAUUGACUUGUGGAAUGUUUAUAUUGAUCAGGAAAUUAAGCAAGAUAAUAAGGCUAAGGUUGAGGACUUAUUUGAAAGGGCCAUUAGCAAGAAAUUAUCUCGUAAGCAAGCCAAGUUCUUUUUCAGCAAGUGGCUCUCUUUUGAAGAAGAAAAAGGUGACCAACAAUAUGCUGCUCGUGUUAAAGCUAAAGCAGCUGAAUAUGUCCAAUCUCAUCAAAAGGAUGAAUAA